AUGACUGAGACUCUGGCGUGUAAUGACAGUGAGGUGUAUGAGGAGGCCAGUCACUGUGUGUCUCUGCUGGCUCAGCUGUACGGAGGAGAGGAUGCGGACCACCUGCAGCCGGAGGAGCUGCUCAGCCUGGCACACGCACUGCAGACGCACACUGAACCCAGACAGCAGAAACUGCUGCUCCGUGUGCUAAAACGCUUGAUGAGUGCGGUUGGCAGCUCCUGUUGGGGUUCUUCGGAAGGGCAGAUCCUGGUUCACGUGCUGCAGAAACUGGCGCUGCCUACUAGGUCCCAAUCAGACAUGGCAGUGGAAUCACUAGCUGCAGAGAUUCUGAAGGGCAUCGGGUCCCAAGCAGAACUCAGAUCCACAGAACAGUUUCACACCUGGAAACUCAGCUUGUAUUAG